CGGGCGGGCGGCGGCAUGGCGGAGAGCGAGGCCGAGACCCCCAGCACCCCGGGCGAGUUCGAGAGCAAGUACUUCGAGUUCCACGGCGUGCGGCUGCCGCCCUUCUGCCGCGGGAAGAUGGAGGAGAUCGCCAACUUCCCGGUGCGGCCCAGCGACGUGUGGAUCGUCACCUACCCCAAGUCCGGCACCAGCCUGCUGCAGGAGGUGGUCUACCUGGUCAGCCAGGGGGCCGACCCCGACGAGAUCGGCCUGAUGAACAUUGACGAGCAGCUGCCCGUGCUGGAGUACCCGCAGCCGGGCCUGGAUAUCAUCAAGGAACUGACGUCCCCCCGCCUCAUCAAGAGCCACCUUCCCUACCGCUUCCUGCCUUCCGACCUCCACAACGGGGACUCCAAGGUCAUCUACAUGGCCCGGAACCCCAAGGACCUGGUGGUGUCCUACUACCAGUUCCACCGCUCGCUGCGCACCAUGAGCUACCGCGGCACCUUCCAGGAGUUCUGCCGGAGGUUUAUGAACGACAAGCUGGGCUACGGCUCCUGGUUCGAGCACGUGCAGGAGUUCUGGGAGCACCGCCUGGAUGCCAACGUCCUCUUCCUCAAGUACGAAGACAUGCACCGGGACCUGGUGAGCAUGGUGGAGCAGCUGGCCAGAUUCCUGGGCGUGGCCUGCGACAAGGCCCAGCUGGAGGCCCUCAUCGAGCACUGCCACCAGCUGGUGGACCAGUGCUGCAACGCCGAGGCCCUGCCCGUGGGCCGGGGGCGCGUGGGGCUGUGGAAAGACAUCUUCACCGUGUCCAUGAACGAGAAGUUCGACCUGGUGUACAAACAAAAGAUGGGGAAGUGCGACCUCAACUUUGACUUUUAUUUAUAAGCGUGAACCGGCGACCUUGCAUGCUCACCACACCCAGGCGCCCAGCUAGCUCCAAGUCCUGUAUGCAUCCAUGUAUUC